GAAAACUGUAAAUCCAUUGUAAAUAUGUAAACCUUUGUUUUCAUACUGGAAGGUUUGUUCGAACAUCUUGAUAUAAAAGAGGUACAAGACUUUACUUGGAUUUUGGCGUUUGGACGUCUCUGAAUAAUGACUCGUUUUGAUUUGAUAGCAAUCUGAGUUGUAAGUGAAAAUCAUGGAAUGGUUAAACACAACAGUGGGCCAGUGCUUCAAUAGAGAUUUUCUAUUGAGACGCUGUCCAAGGUGCUGAGUGUUUUCUCUGCCCACUUCGUCUAUCCGAGGGGGGCGAUAUGAGACUAUUAUCAUUAACUUAGACUAGACUAGUAUUAUAACAUUGUAUACUUAUUUGUAAUUAACUAUGAAAAAAUAUCACAAAGCUUUUUAAAUGGUUGUUGUCUUAAUAGAUCUUAGACAGGUGCUCGGUUAUUUUUUUGUUCUCACUAUCUAUAACCAUAUUACAGCACAUAGAUCAAGCUACUACUUAAACAUCAUAAGUUGUUUUUUUCUUUCAAAUUUUAACUUCAGAUUAAUUUCUAUUGUGUUAUUCAGACAUGUACUCUAUAAUGACUGUGGUCAUUUCCCUGUAAAAAAAAGCUUAUUUGACUAGAUCUCCUCUACACAAAUUAAGAAUUGUUGCAUCUUGCCACAUUUAUUACAGAUUUCACCCGUUUUCCGUGUGAAAAUGUGUUUGUUUGUCAGAUAUAAAGAUUGUCUUGUCUCCUAUAUCAGUCCCCAGAGACAGGGCGGUUGAACAUGUAAGUUACAACUUUUACACUCUUAUAAAAUGCUGGGUUAUUUUUCAACCCUGUUUUGGGUCAAAAUGGGAUAAACCUAAUCGUUGGAUUAAAUCAACCCAGAAAAUGUUUAUAUUUGACCCAACAAUGGGUUAAAACAAGCCCAUCAUUUUGGGUUGAAAAAAAACCAUUUUUAUUGUUAACCCAAGCGGUUGGUUUUGUCCCUUUUUACCCAACGCCAGGAUGAAAAUUGAAAAUGAUUUUUUUUAGAGAUCUGAAUCUGCUCUUUCUCUGUGCUGUAGAUUGUCUUGUAAUAAUCUGCAUUGGAAAGCAUGCAAAUCACAGUUUAAGGCAAAUUCUAACAUAAAUCAGUUUUUCUUUUGUUAGCCUGGAUAUUAUCUUGCAGCAGGAUAUUGUCCUGAAUAUGAUCCUUAAGCUGAGAGUUCACAGCUGCAUUUACAGGUGUAUGUAUACAGAGACACGUCCCACAAUCUCUGAUAAUAUGUUUAUAACUUGUGAAUCUGUAAUACUUUAACAUUGCACACACGUCUCACAAUAUUUGGAUGUAUCUUGUGUUAAUGCAAAGAUUUUUCAUCUUGGUGUACCAGAGUUGUUCAUUGCACACGUCUGGUUAUCUUCCGAGAAACAUAAGCAUUGCAUCUACUGGAUGGCAUAUGAGUGUCAGGAAGAGACAGUAACUCCUCUGGGACACAAUUCUCUUGGAAAUAUCUCAUUGUAGCUCUCUGAAAACAGCUGACCCUACCAGAUUUUUUAUGUCAUAAAUGGGUCUUCUUGCCAAUGUAUCUGUUUGAGCUGAUUCCUGCAACUACGAUAGGGUCUUAACUGCUUGGUAACAGUCAAAAUAUUACCUGACCCAGCAAUACACUAUAGACUCUGUUACAACACGUUGCAUAUUUGUCAGCACUUUAUCAGCAACUGCGAUUUAUCCUUUGGUGUCGAAAAAAGAUUUCACCUGCCUCUCACUGUCACAGGCACCUCGAUUUAUGACAGGCUCUUCCAACAAGCUUGUCAGCUCAGUAACAUUAAAUUCACAGUUUAUCUCCCAUGCGCAAGAAUAAGUACACAAAUAUAAAAUGGCUUUCAAGCUGUCAAUCCAAUGAUACUCUUUUUUUCAAUCUAGGAAAAGUAGCUGCAGGGUUCGUUUCCUCUCCAUCACACAUACCAAAGCUGUUAAAUUACAUCCAACAUGUUUAAGAGAAAUCAGUGCCUGGAGGGGGGACGCUCACUUGUCUUUCAUCCUUGUCAUUUGACUCGAACUGACAGCAGCUCGAGCAAAUCACCAGCAACCGACCCAGCCAACCCUACCAGACGCCAUGUAUUUAAACCCCAAAUGAGGAGUCCAGCAGCCUGACUGAACACCAGGACUCCCGAGCAAAGACCUGGACCCCAGCUCUGAGUGCAGAUAUGGCAGACACAAGUAUGCGCAUCAGUGGGGGAGCUGUCAGAUUUGGAGCCACCUAUGGAGGCAACCGUCUGUUCGCUGGAGCAGGAGCCAGAGGCAGUGGCGGUGUUAGCCUGGCUCUGUCCCGUUCUCUCGGCUACGGGAAGGGAGGGGGAGCUGGCUUUGGCUAUGGCGGAGGUCUGGGGGCAGGAGCUGGUGCAGGUGCAGGGUUGGGCAUCGGCGGAGGGGGUCUUGCUCUGGGAGGAGGGUUAGGCUUGGGUGCUGCUGGAGCCAGAGCAGCAGGGUUUAGGGCCGGUGCAGCCGGACUCAGAGCCCGUCUGGGGGGAAGAGUCUUUAAAAUCGGAGGGUAUGGUUUCAAUCCAUCUUUCAUCAGCUCUACCACCACAGUGGAGGCUGGUGCCAGUCCAGUGCCCAGCAUUGACCCAACACUCCCCUCCCUGGACACAGUUCAGGUUACCCGACUGAGGGAGAAGGGGGAACUGCAAGUGCUCAAUGACAAAUUUGCAAGCUUCAUUGAUAAGGCUCGUUCGCUGGAGCAGCACAAUGCCGUACUCAAAGCCAAGAUUUCCAUGUUUACCAACCCAGAGCAGGGAGGACCCGCCAGCUCUUCCAUCCUUCUCACUUCUGCCAUUGGAACAUAUAAAUUUCAAAUUGAUAGCCUCACAGCUACUAAAGAAGCCAUCAUUGCUGAGAUAGAGCACUACAAAGGCAUUAUUGAUGAUGUUCAGGCCAGGUAUGAGGAGGAAACAUCUCAAACCAAAACUCUGGAAAUGGAUUGGACUACAUUGAAAGAGGAUGUGGAUAACCUCUACCUUAACAUUUUCGAGCUGCAAACCAACAUCAGUGGGGUUGAGGAUCAGAUUGCUCUGUCCAAACAGGUGUAUGAUGCUAAAGUGAGAGAGGUCAGAAACAUUGUGACGGGCAGCGUGAAGUCAGCAGUCUCGAUCUCUGUGGAUAACGCAGCCCAGGCGCAGGAUCUGACCGCAGCAUUGGCUGAUGUCAAGGAUCACUAUGAAAGUCUGGCUCAACGCAGCAAACAGGACGCCCUGCUCUCAGUGCAAGACAGUCUCUCCAUGAUGUCCGUCUCUUCUCAGCCGACUUCUCACACACUCACCGCAGCCAAAGAGGAGUUGAGAGUUUAUAAACUGCAGAUUGACUCUGUGCAUAGGGAGAUCGAGAGGCUCAAAUCCAUGAACCUGCAGCUGGAGUCUCAGGUGGAGGAAGCAGAGUGUCACUCCAAUUCUCACACAGAGACAUACCAGGACCAAGUUUUUACUCUCAGAUCUCAGCUUGAUGAUCUCAGAAAGCAAAUCACUCAUUACGGUCAAGAAUAUCAGGAACUUCUUGCCAGCAAAAUGUCUCUGGAAGUUGAAAUCACAGCCUAUAAGAAACUUCUGGACAGUGAAGAGAACAGGUUGAAAUCUGGAGGCGGCAUAACUGUGCACAUGUCUAAGUCCACCAUCGGAGGAGGAGCUGGAGGUCUGGGUGGAGGUGCAGGUCUGGGUUAUGGAGGUGGAUUUGGCCUGGGAGCAGGUCUUGGAGGAGGUUUUGGGUCCAGCCUAGGACUGGGACUUGGGGGAGGACUAGGCAUUGGAGGAGGUGCCGGAGGUUUUGGGUCCAGCCAAGGACUGGGACUCGGGGGAGGACUAGGCAUUGGAGGAGGUGCCGGAGGUUCUUUCGGUAGCAGUUUUAUGUCCUCCAGCUUGAGCAGCAGUGCUUUGUCAUCAACAGUUUACUGAAGAUUCACAACCUUCGGUCUUCAAGUGACAAUGUAACGCUGAGGUUUAAUGUCUGGGGCAGCGAGGAACACAGAGAACCCCUCCCAUAACAUCACACCCUUUGUCUGCAUUAUCACAUUUUGUUAAAGCAAUGACAGAGGACUGAAACUCAGCUGUAUCCCGUGUUCUCUGGUUAUGUCUGAUGAGGCCCUGAAUUCAGUGUUCUUCAAUUCUGUUGAACAUCAGAUGUAUCGUGUUCAUUGUUUUUGGAAGGUUUUGUGUAUUUACAUGCAUCACCUAUUGCCACAAUAAAAAAAUCCCUCCUAUCAUACAUACUAUCAUUUUCUCAUGUGAUAAGCUAAUGUCAAAUAAAUCUCUUCUGUUAACCCUUGUCUCACGUUAAAAAUAUGCGAUUUAUUGCUUUUUCAACUUCCGACAUUUAUAUUUAUUCAAAAUAAAUGCGUUUUGUCCCAU